GCUCGAGCUGCUCCUGACCUGCUGCUGCUGCUGCUGUUAUAUAAAGUCAUGACUUCAACUGCUCUUCUACAGAAAGGCUUCCGUGCCUCCCUUUGCAUUAGACUACUGCACUCCACUCGCAACAAUAACAUGCCGAUCCAGGUUGGUCACCAUCUUCCAGAUGUACAGGUGCAUGAAGGGGACCCGGGGAACAGCAUCUCGAUGGCUGAACUUUUCAGGGGCAAAAAAGGAGUGCUUUUUGGUGUGCCAGGAGCAUUCACACCUGGAUGUUCAAAGACUCAUCUCCCAGGGUUCAUAGAGAUGGCUGGGGAUUUGAAGGCCAGAGGUGUGGAUGAGGUCGCUUGUGUGUCUGUGAAUGAUGUGUUUGUCAUGUCUGCCUGGGGAAAAGAGAACGGAGCAGACGGCAAGGUGCGGAUGCUGGCUGAUCCCACUGGAGCAUUCACAAAGGCUGUGGAUCUCUUCCUGAACAAUGAUCACUUGAUCCAGGUGCUUGGAAAUUUGAGGUCUCAAAGGUAUGCCAUGCUGAUUGAGGAUGGAGUGGUCAGGAAGCUCCGUGUCGAGCCUGAUGGGACAGGCCUGACCUGUAGCUUAGCCCCAAACUUUCUCAGUGAGAUUUAAGUUACUGACUGUAACCAGUUUACAAUGCACAAUCCGUCACCCAAUUGGCCAAUUAUCGUUCCAAAAACAGUGCAAUGGAAAUUCCUAACAGUGAAUAAAAUCUAUUGCAAAUUCUGUAGGAAACCCAUAUGAGGAACUAACUUGUUUACUUGUGCAAUAAUUCAUAGCAAUGCACAAGUUUGGCUGUAAAGCGCACAAAUCUCUGUUUCUGUUGGUUGUGUAUAACCUACUGUAUAGUAGUAACCCAAGCAGCAAUAAACAUUUUCCUCUUGACUGAA